AACAUUCAAAAACCGGCGCUGGCAGAGGUGGUUGCCCAAAACGUUUUUGUAGGCUCGUGGCGGUGGUGGUCGGUUGAGGCAAUUUGAAUUGGUGCUCGCGGCAGCUCGCGGGGCUCGCGGUUUGAGGUGCGCUGCUGAGCCGGGCCGUUGAACAGUCAAACAGACUGCGCUGUUCUUUCACGAUGGCCUCUGCCAUCCCUACCAGGACGGUCCCAACCGUUACCAAGGACCUCCCGGAGAUCGUGGUCGACAAGAAAGGCAAGAAGGAGUAUGUCCGCGGCAAAUUCCUUGGGAAGGGUGGCUUUGCCAAAUGCUACGAACUCACCGACAAGGCAACCAACACCAUUUAUGCAGGCAAAGUGGUCUCCAAGGCACUACUUGUCAAGUCCCACCAGAAAGAAAAGAUGGCCCAGGAAAUCCAAAUCCACAGGAGCCUGAAUCACAAACACAUUGUGGGCUUUCAUAGCUACUUUGAAGAUGAUAAGAAUGUGUACAUAGUCCUGGAACUUUGCAGCAGGCGGUCCCUCAUGGAAAUGCACAGGCGUCGCAAGAUGUUGACCGAGGCAGAGGCACGCUACUUCCUUCACCAGAUUCUCCUUGCCUGCCGCUACCUCGUACAGCAGAAAGUCAUCCACAGAGACCUCAAGCUUGGAAACCUGUUGCUCAAUGACUGCAUGGAGCUAAAGGUCGGUGACUUUGGGCUUGCCACCCGUGUGGACUUUGAUGGCGAGAGGAAGAAGACCCUCUGCGGCACACCAAACUACAUAGCGCCGGAAAUACUAGCAAAGAAAGGGCACAGCUUUGAAGUUGACAUCUGGUCCAUCGGAUGUAUCUUGUUUACCCUUAUUGUGGGGCAUCCACCAUUUGAGACCCCUACACUCAAGGAGACAUACAUCCGCAUCAAGAAAAAUGAGUAUCAUGUGCCUUCAACUGUGAGCUCUCCCGCCCGUAACCUCAUCCGGCGCAUGCUGCAGCAAGAGCCAGAGAGAAGGCCCAACAUCGAAGCCAUCAUGCAAGACGAGUUCAUGACGUGUGGGCCCCUGCCAUCGCGCCUCCCAACAUCUUGCCUAACCACGGAGCCUCGCUUUGACACGCUCAAUGCCACCCUGAGCGUGAAUGGCCGCAGACCUCUGCUGGAACGAAAUGAAGGCCGUGAACUGGAGGCAAAGGUCACUCCUAUCAGAAACCAUCCUGACAAGGAAGCCAAGCCAGUAAAGUGCCUGAAGCCACAGCUACCAGCUGCACCGGCAGGUGCUCAGAAGGCGGCAGCCGACAGCCCGGCACGCAAGGGUGCUCCCCAAGAGGCACAUCUCACCGAGCUUCAGUGCCUCCUACGUCGUCUGUGCAAUGCUCGGCCACCCGAGCUGCGCUUCGAGCGCCCCGAUGAGGCAGAGGACCCAGCCUCAGUGCCUGUGUUCUGGGUGAGCAAGUGGGUGGAUUACACCGACAAGUAUGGACUAGGCUAUCAGCUCUGUGACAACAGCAUCGGUGUGGUCUUCAAUGACAACACCAGGAUCAUCCUACUAAACAACAACUUGAGCGUGACGUAUGUCGACGAGAACAGCAUUGAGCAUUACCACACUGUGGAGGAGUUCCCGCCGUCACUGGAAAAAAAAAUGACCCUUUUGAAGUACUUCUGUACCUACAUGAAGCAGUACCUGCUCAUGACGGGUGAGGAUGUGAGCCCCCGGGAAUGUGACAACCUUGUCAGGCUACCCUGCCUUGGGACAUGGUUGCGCACCCGUUCAGCAAUAUCGUUCUACCUCACCAAUGGAACAGUUCAGAUCAACUUUUUCCAGGACCAUACCAAGUUGAUCCUGUGCCCGCUCAUGUCAGCAGUGUCGUACAUUGACAAUAACAGGGUUUUCCACACAUACCGGCUAGAGACACUCCAUAAAGGAUGCCCACCAGAUCUGUUCUCCCGUCUCAAGUAUGCACGGACCAUCCUAGACAGACUGGCCAGUACACCAUCCUAGUCCAACCACUGCCCACCUGCUACCCCUUCGGCAUGUUCCUGCCACGUCGCGAUCUCUUCAGAGCUUCAGGGGUUACCUUUCUGUGUCAAUGAAAAAAAAAAAACUUGUACAUAGUUUUUUUUUCUCUUCAUUUUUACAGCACAUAGUUUUUAUUAUUUAGCAUAUCACUCUUUUACCAUUGGCUGUUUCCCACAUGUUCCAUUAUUUUAGUUGCUGAUGACAAUAAGCUGCAAAUUUUCAGCUGCACGUUGUGUGCACCUCUCUUCCCCCAUUCCCUUUCUUUUUUUUCUCCAUGCUUUCUAUGUGCAAGGCUUGAUGUGUGCUAUUGCAAUAGCAAUCACGCAUGUCUGGCUUUUUUUUUUAUGCCAGUAAAUUCAGGUUUAUUAGUGGUCUCUGCAGACUGAUCCAUAUUUGACCUUUGUCCUUGUAUUGUUACAGUAGUGUUUUCAGUGUUGCUAAAGUCUCCUAUAGCUGUCUGCAUACAUCUUUGCUAGAGACCAUGGUCUCUUAUUGUUGCCUUGAAGUCUAUGCAGCACAGAUUUAGCAAUGAUUUAUUUAUUGUCCAGCAUUGUGUCCGCUGACACAAUGCUGGGGCUUUUAUCAAGAGGUUAGUCUCCAGUGGUGAAUUAUUUGUGCAAUGUAACAGUGUGUCCCGUCUAUUUCAUGCUGUGUAUCUUCCAUGUUACAUUGUGCUGUACGUUCAAACUUGACUGGCCAUAUGGAGACUUAUAUACAUUUUGCUACUGACAAUGUCUUCUUUCUGCAGAAAUUUUAUUUUUGCAGUCCACAAAUUGCUCGAGAUGCUGUGGUACAUGUAGGGUUCUAUUUUGCCUUGCUGAAUGAAGGACUAAAAAUUGGAGCUGAAAUAAAAGUGAUCACUAUUCUUUUCA